UUCCGCCUCUGGCCUUGGUUUCUCUUUGAGACAAUCUCAGUUCAUUCUCUCGGUUAUCAAUUCUUCGGCGUCAGCUUCCUUCUCAUCUAUUGUCGGCGUCGCCACUCGAUUCUCACUCUCGGUUUUCCUUCUCUGCCCUUAGUCUUCGAGCAUUGCUACCGUCUCCUCUGUCGAAUCUCACCAAAUCGAAAAGAGAAGGUGACAAUCUUCUCCCUCUCGCCGUCCUCGGGUCCUCACUCGACUGUGGCUCUCUGUCACCCGCUCACAUUUCCUCAUUCCACGGCAGAGAAAUUAAAGGUUUGCUUACCCCCAAAGGAGUUGGCAAUGGCUGGAGUGAUUAAGAAGUUCUUCCUUGCUUCAAUGUUUAUGUGGAUGUUUCCUAUUCUGAUCCUUUAUGCUUUUAACCACGACUUGAUCCCAGGUGUAACCCAUUUAUCUCCCCAUUCCUUGACGUUGCUGAGUGGAUUUCUUGCUGUUAUAUCAGUCAAUAUAGUGAUUGCAUUCUACAUUUAUAUGGCAAUGAAGGAACCUUCAGAUAAACAUGAACCAGAUGCUAAAUUUGUUGCAGAGGCAAAAGCUAGUGUUAAUCAGCUUACAGGUAAAGUGGAGGAUCCUUCGCAAUCUCUAAAGAAAGACGAGUAGGCUGGAAAAAAUUUUAAGCACCAGGGAUAUGCAGUCGAAUUGAAGUUCAGGCUGAGCUUGCUUCUGAUCACUUGAGGGUUGAACAAUCAAAAUGUAGUUCACUCCCGUCAUUCUGUGCAAAUUUUGAUGUGCGUGAAAGAAAUUUCAGAGGAUGUGACUUCAAGAUUCUGUGUACAUUAUUCUCAUUUCUCAGUUACUGAAAGAUUCCAGCAUUUCAUGGUGAAUUAAUAGUAAUUAUGAGUUCUCCGUGUGCGUGUGUUAAACUUAGGCAUAAUGGUAAAGUUAGAAUCUCUUUUUGGCA